UAUCCCGGUCAUUGCCUUCCCAAAUGCUUCGAGUGUUCUGGCUCGUCGUACUGCUGCAGUGCUGCGGCGUACGGCUCGUCCUUUCGGAAGCGGACUGCCAGAAGUUUCAAUUAGGCGCACGUACAAUUUUCUUUAAUUGUGGAGGCUUCACGAGCGCGUCCGAGCUGGCAGCUAAAAUCCCUCGUCCCGAGCACAACAGGCACGGCUUCCUGCUUUACAACAGUCGUCUCGAGCACCUACCCAUCGACGCAUUUCGGGGCUUAUCCGCCAUUAAUGUCACUUUCAGCAGCGUCCGCAUCGAAAACUUUGAGGAGUCGCACCCCAAUGCGUUUGAAAGACUCAACGGCACCCUGGAGGGUGUCGGGUUUUUGGGACGCUCUACUUUGCCGAAGUCGUGGGGCCUGCUGAAGGACGUUCUCUCGCUGACGUCACUGCGCUUGGAAAGGCAGACGGUGUCCAUCGACCGAGACUGGAACAACCUGCCACGCAGCCUCCGAAGCAUAUUCAUCAAGAAUUGUAAUGUGACUGGCAUGGAAGCGGGGUCCAUGGAUGCGCUGACGGGUUUGGAGCAGUUUUCCAUCACCGAGAAUAGGCUGAGAAAUUUUUCUUGGGCUGUGUUGCCGAAUCCUGCGCCAUCCUUGCACACAAUUCUGCUAGGGGAAAAUGAACUCACCGAAAUUCCCAGAGGAUUUAGCGCGCAACAGUUUCCGGCCUUAACGAUCCUUCACCUAAAGUUCAACGAAAUCACCUCCUGGGAUGCGGAGACAAUUGACGCCAUUCGCCAGCACCCUAAUAAUCCGAACCUAUACCUUGGUAACAUCCCUUGUGACUGUGGCAUUCGCCCGCUGCUGCAGAUUCCCAAUGAGCGAAUUUUCGCAACGUGCUCUUCGCCGGAGAGCUGGAAACACCGCAGAAUUCACCGCGUUCCUUUCGAAGAGCUACAUUGCUGAAUCGUCUGCCACCGCCGCUAGUUCUGCAAACGACGGAAAUAAAAAAAGUUCA